AUGAAACGCAAGCCAAGCAGCGAUGUUACCACCCAAACUCUGCUUGAUUUCGAUUUGGGUGAAUCUUCGUCGGAUUCAGAUUUCCGAAUCGAAGAUCACGAUGAUGAAAGUGACGAUUUUUCACUGGGCUCGAAAGAUGACGAUGAUGCGGAUGAUGAUAGCGACGAGGAUAAUGAUGAAGAUGAUGAUGACGAUGAUGAAGAUGAAAUCAUUGAUGACGCUCCGACUGAUGUUAAACACAAGCACGCAUCCGUCAGUGAUAUCGUUGUAACACAAGGAAUAGUCAAUUCGCUGAAUGGCGAUAGCCUUCGGAUAAUCGGCAGAAUAGAACCGCACAGCGUAGCAUGGCAUAGUCAUAGUGGAUGCGGCAAUGACCUUGAAGAGGAGGAACAGGAAAGAGGAAAAAGCGCAACUGAUAAAGCAAAAAAUGCCGCAAUUGAAAAGCUUUUCAUGACAUUGAUUUGCUGUGCUUGUUUAGGUGAUCGCAGCGAUGAUCAAAAUGAAAUCGUCGAAUGCGACGGUUGUGGAGUAACAGUUCACGAGGGAUGCUAUGGUGUGAGUGAAUGUACCAGCACGGGCAGCACAAUCUCAUCCUGCUCAACAGAACCGUGGUUUUGUGACGCUUGUAAAGCAGGUGUGUUGAAUCCGGACUGUGAGCUAUGUCCCAACAAGGGCGGUAUCUUUAAGGAAACAGAUGUUGGUAAAUGGGUCCAUUUGGUGUGCGCCUUGUACGUGCCCGGAGUUGCUUUCGGAGAAGUGGACCAGCUAUCAUCCGUUACCUUGUUCGAGAUGCCCUACAAUAAGUGGGGAGCUAAAACAUGCAGCCUUUGCGAGGACGCCAAGCUUGCUCGUACAGGCGUUUGCAUCGGGUGUGAUGCAGGAAUGUGCAAGACAUACUUUCAUGUAACAUGUGCGCAAUAUGUUGGGCUGCUCUCUGAAGCGCAUUCGGAGGAAGCUGACCAAGCAGAUCCUUUUUAUGCGCACUGCAAAAUACACUCUGAUAAAUCAUUGAUAAAGCAUCGUAAACGAAAUUAUAACACAAUCAAGAUGAGGGCGGCGCAUCGUCAGCUAGAAGAAGCGCAAAGAGAAGCGAAUAAAACAAAACCGUCUUCUGAACAGAUUCGAAUUGAACGAAAACUAACAAAGCAUCGUAAGCGGUAUCUUAUAAACAAGGAAAUACGGAACCCUCCCUGGGUGCCGACGCAAAAAAUGCCCCGACUAUUGAUAACAAGCGCAACUGCUUGCAAGAAGAUGUUGUUUAAAGCGCAACUGCUGGGGUUGGACAUGACGGCGAUCGAAUUGCAAGAGGCACAGAUGGCUUCGUUAGGCGACGUACGAAAAAAAUGGCACAUUCCGGCUGCGUUCAGUGUCGAAUUUAUCGGCUACUAUUUGGAUCGAGCGAUUAGAUUGGUGGAUAUGAAAAGAAAUCUAGAGGAGCAGCUUGUGCCAACGAACAAUUUGCUACUCGCAAAGCAGCGGCAACUUAGAGAAUGUUAUGAUGACAGUGUGGCUAAAAAUCAGGAUGCGGUCAAAACGAACGAAUCGUGCAAGGCAAGUAUAACGCAAAUUUACAAUUACAUUUAUGCGCUGUGUCCCAAUAAAGCGCUCACACCGGUCGAUCAAAUUGGCAAGCCAAUACCCACGACAAUGAGCUGUGGAGUUCUUGCAAAUACGGUAUCUCAAGGUGCGGCGACGCCUCCUGCUCGACGUACCAUGGCAGUACCAACAGCUGCUGCUCUUAAAAUGGGUGUAGGGUUUCCGUUACAAAAUCUCAUGGUUCCAGGCAACCAGCAAGACGACACUGGACGCAUUUUAAGCACCCAAUGCAAACAGGCUGGUGGUGGUGAAGAAUUGCUUAAUGAAUGUGGCAUUUGCAAGCGUUGCCACGAUCAACACUUGUUGGCUAAGUGUGACACGUGCCAUUUGCAUUAUCACCUUGGCUGUCUCAAUCCUCCGCUUACCCGUCACCCAAAGAAAUCGAAGCUCUAUGGCUGGCAGUGCUCGGAAUGCGACAAAUCAGAUGAUUCCAACCCGGAAAGUAUCAUCAUACCGAAGGCACCGAGAAAAUCGCGUACCCGCUACUCCAAAGACGGUACGAUUGUACCGUACGAUCUAAGCUUUACUCUCGUCGAUCAGGCUCACCAACUACCGUCUGACAGCAUGUGCAAGAAAAAUAUAUCUAAUACUUGUUUAGUCGACCGGAAAUCGCUUGAAAAUGCGCCACUUUCGAUUACUGAUCUUGAACUACCGUCAUGCAGUGAAGGAUUACCGGUCCGAGCCCUCAUAAAGGAGGAGCCAACAAGAAGUGUAGAAGGCUCAUCAAAGGAAUUCGCUUGUCAGGCAAUGUCGAAUAAGCAACCGAGAAAGCGUGGACGAAAGAAAAAGUCGCAAUUCACGUCAUCAUCAACGCCGAUUAUCGAUCAAAGUAAACAACUGGCAUAUGAUGGGAUAAAAGCGGAAAGGCUGGAUGUUUCGUUGAAGAAUCAAAAAGAGUUUAGUAUUGACUUGAAUGAUCAGCGGGACAACGUUAAGAGUAUUAAUCAAGAAAAUUCACAGGACUUGCUGUUGGUUAAGGACAAAGUGGGGGGACAGGACAAGUCACAUCAGCGAUGCGAAUCAAUACCUACUGAAAAUGCGAUGAAUGCCACCUAA